ACCUUGAAGUAGGAAAGACACAACAUAAUGAAUGGCCAUGAAGUUGUAAAUUUUGCACAAGCAUACAAAGCCUCACACCGAACCAAAACAGCAUGGGAUUUAUUAAUACUACAAAAGGUUUUCUCUAAAGGCUACACUACUUACUAUGCUGAUGAAAGGGCUCGCUGAGUAUAAGCAAUGCUUUGGCAUGGCAGAAAACAGGGAAUGUUAAUAUUACCCUUCUGAGGUGCCUCAUAGAAAUGCUGCCUGAUGGUUGAUUUAACUAAAACCCACCUUCCGACGAGGCCCUGCUGGGUGAUUUGCCUGCUUCCCUGCAUUAUGUUAUUAAGUACGUGCUCUUAAGUAAGGUCAGACUGAUAGUGAAAAUUAUUCUUCACAUUGGACUUGAAACUGGAGCAUGUGAAGAAGUGAAGCCCAGGACCAGAUGACCUUCUUAACUCUUUAUUGGCUAAUCAGAAACUGAAUUCAUUCUCUGCAUCAUGACACUGUUGACGCACACGUUGGUUUGCCUCUUUGGCAUUGGGUCAUGGGUCGCCAUCAAUGGGAUGUGGGUUGAACUCCCACUGAUCGUUCCUGAGAUCCCUGAACGUUGGUACCUGCCCUCCUACCUCACUGUAAUUAUCCAGUUGGCGAACAUCGGACCACUUUUCAUCACGCUUAUGCAUCGCUUCAGACCAGGAGCGCUGGAUGAACGGCCAGUCAUCUACACCAUUGUAGUUUUGGGAGUCGUGGCCACCUUUCUACUGUCCUUCUUUUGGAAGCACACACUAAUUGUUGGAAAUGCUGUACACAGUGUAGCUCUGCUCUCUCUCAGUUUCCUACUGUCAGUAGUGGACUGCACAUCCUCUGUCACCUUCCUGCCCUUUAUGAUGAGGCUCCAGCCUCAGUACCUCACCACCUACUUUGUUGGAGAGGGCCUGAGUGGCCUGAUUCCAGCUCUGGUGGCUCUUAUUCAGGGUGUUGGAGUAGUCCAAUGCAAAAAUGCUACAGUUAAUGCAAAUUCCACCAUGGUCAACUACACUGGAGGUACCAGUGGUAAACUGGAGGCACACAACCAGCCAGCAAACUUCUCUGUCCAGGUCUUCUUCCUGUUCCUCAGUGCCAUGAUGGCAGUCUGCCUGGGUGCUUUUGUGAUGCUCAACUGCUAUUCUGCUGUAGUAAAAGAACAUAAAUCUAAAAAGUAUCUUGAUGAUACAAAUCACCAAGAGAAGACUGAAAUUAGCAUCUCCCUGCAAAACCAUCAUGUAGAACAGACACCUAUGCUGGAGCAUCCAGAAGACCAAGCAAAUAAACCUCGCAGCACAUUUGGGAAAGGAACCUAUAACAUAGCAGAAGUCGUGUUUAUUUUUGCUGUUCUGGCAUGGGUUAAUGCAUUAACCAAUGCAGUUCUCCCUUCAGUACAGUCCUUCUCUUGCCUGCCAUAUGGUAAUCAGACCUAUCACCUGGCAACUGCUUUGGCUGCAGUGGCAAAUCCUGUGGCCUGCUUUAUCGCCAUGUUUUUCCAAAUCAGGUCCCUGAUGCUAAUGGGGGUUCUCACAGUGACUGGUACAGGGUUUGGGGCCUACAUCAUGGCCAUGGCAGCACUGAGUCCCUGUCCUCUUUUGAUACACCAUGAAUUAGGAGCUGCACUCAUGGUGAUCACUUGGGUGAUAUUUGUCCUCGCCCUGUCAUACGUGAAGGUGAUCAUUGGGGUGAUCCUGCGAGAUGAAGGACACAGUGCUCUUGUGUGGUGUGGUGCUGUAGUACAGCUCGGUUCCAUGUUGGGGGCAAUGUCAAUGUUUCCUUUAGUCAGUGUUUAUGGACUCUUCAAAUCAGGUGAUCCCUGUAACACAAAGUGUCCCUUAUAAAACAAGCUUCAUCAAAUGAUGCAUAAAUGUGUUACAGUUCAUAGCUCUAUGACUUUAAAAAAACAAAAACAAAUGACCAGUUACAAUAUUAUAAAUACACUGCAGCCUAAGACAAUAUUUUAUUGAUUCAAAUACUCUACUGAAAUGUUCUCUAACAAAUUGUUCUCUUUUCCCCAAAUAUUUGCACUGUGUAAAGUAGACUUAAAGUUCACUCGAUUAGUUCUAUUAGAUGGAGAAUUAUUGUUACAGACCAAUUUAAAGAUAUAUUUGUCUGUCAUGGCUAAUGUUAAUUACAUUUUUGUUUACUGAAAAGUGCCUCCAUAGUAUGCUAUUUAAAGCUGUUGUGCAUUUUUUUUUUUCAUGUUUUACUACUCUUUUAAAGAUGUGGUGCUCUUUUAAAGAUGUUGCUGGCCAAGUUAAAAUAUUUAUAUGCUUUUUUUUUAUUUUGUAGUUUUUUAAUUUUACACACACUAUAUGUGUGAAUAAAACCUUUCAAAUAUA